CAUUUAAUCUGCCUGAUUUAUCACCAGGAAGAAGAACACCAGGAAACGUCAGCAAACAACAAUACCUGUUAGAAAUGGCUACAGGAGUGGACCAAGCGGCUGGCAUGAGUCUCGUAGUCUUCAGCCUCCUGCUGUUUACGUACUACUCCGUCUGGGUCAUCGUCCUGCCUUUCGUGGACAGUGAUCACCUUCUCCAUAAGUAUUUUCUUCCCCGGGAAUACUCGGUCAUUCUUCCUGGCAUUGCAGCGGUAAUACUGCUCCUCUGUAUAGGAGCCUUCACUGCUGUUAUCAUGUGGAAGAAUCGCAAGCCAAAGAAAGCGGACUAAUCAGGAUUUUAAGAGUGACUGCUGUGGAUUUAUAAGUAUGUAAAAGUAGCCGUGAACUCUUUCUGGUGGUCCGACACACAACAAUCAUUCCUCCAGUCUCUGAUAAUGUCUCCUGAACAGCUGAUGUUCAAGCUCACAAAGUUAUAUUUGUUAAAGAAAAAGCUCUUUGGGAUUUAUUUUAUAUUAUUUGUUUGUAUUUUCAGUUGAAUUAGAGUCGCCAAGUAGAAUUAGUAUUAAAUUAAAGCUGCUGUGUGUUGAAUUUUGAAAGGUUUGGAGUUGAAAGCAAUGCACAGACUGCACUGUUUGUCUAUUUUUUUACUAAAUAAAAGUCGACUUGAGGGGUCACAUUAAAAAAAAAAAGAUGUUUUGAGAAUAGUGAGAAAUCACUGUUAACUGUAAGCUGGUAUGUUCUGUCCUCAAAGUUGUUAAGAUAAAGAGUUUAGAACAUUGUGAGCUCAUAUAUCAACAUCUUAUUUCAUUGGGAACAUCUACUUCAAAGGGAGACCUGGCAGCAGUCUGAUGUAACUCGUGUGUCAGAUACUACUUUGGCCCUGAUGAUAAUAUAUACUUUCUCUUACUGUUUCCCCGAAGCUAAUUCUGUGAUUGUAAAUCCCAUGAUCAUGCAGCUUGUUGGAUGUUCUGAUGUGGAGCUGACUCACUCGCUCACACACCGACGCUCUACAGCAGCUGCAUUUCAUUUGGCUGCUUGACAGAUGUUUCAGUGCCAAAAAGUUUCGGCACUAAAGGGAGGAGGUUUCCCCACAUUUUGAGUCAUCAGGAUUUUUCUUUUAUCACCUUGGCAGUAAACAUGUUACGCGAGCCAUCAUAAUAAGAAGCUUCAUAUUAGCUUCACAUCAACUUUUAAAUACACGUUUCCACAGAAGGAGGACUGUGGAUUUAGUCCUCCAUCACUUCCAUUGUAAACAUUAUGAAGAGAUCUUCUAAUGGUCAGAGGUCAGUAUGAACAGGAGGAAUGAUUAAAGCAAGAAAAACAGAUUACACAAUAACAACCCAUAAUGUAACACUGGGAGUCAGCACACUUCUGCUUCUUAAAGGACAUGUGAUGAUGGGAAUGAGUAAAUGUCCAGUCCUCAAACAUAAUAACUACUUUCAUCAUAAUUUCCAGAACAAAUAGUCUUUUAUGGUUUAUGUGGUAAUUGACAGAAUUCCAACUGCAUGGGUGGAGGUAAAUAUGUGUCAGUGUGUAAACAAAUGUCAGAAUUCUAAGUUAAAUAAAAGUUUGAUUCUAUCUACAUUGUGA